CCCAGCGCAGCGGCCCGGCUCCCGCCUGUCUCCUCCCCGCCGCCGCCCAGAACCCGGCUGCUCCGCCAGAGCCGGCGAGACCGCGGCGCCAGCGUCGACGGCGGCUGCGACGGCCUCGGGAGCGCGUGAGGCUCCGGGGUCGCGGCGGCGAUUGGCCGGCCGCGGCGCCCGCUCCCAGAAUGCAGCGCAUGGCGCGUCAUUGAAGAGAGACCAUGAUGGCGGCAGCGCUGGGGCCCCCAGAAGUGAUCGCUCAGCUGGAGAACGCGGCCAAAGUUCUGAUGGCACCACCAUCUAUGGUCAGUAAUGAACAGCGCCAGCAUGCAGAACACAUAUUCUUGUCAUUUAGGAAAUCAAAAUCACCGUUUGCAGUUUGUAAGCAUAUUUUAGAAACUAGUAAAGUGGACUAUGUCCUUUUCCAAGCUGCUACAGCCAUCAUGGAAGCAGUGGUCCGAGAGUGGAUUCUCUUGGAAAAAGGUAGCAUCGAGUCCCUGCGGACAUUCCUUUUAACCUAUGUCUUACAAAGGCCUAACCUGCAAAAGUAUGUUCGGGAACAGAUUCUAUUAGCAGUAGCAGUAAUUGUAAAACGAGGCUCAUUAGAUAAGUCAAUUGACUGCAAAAGCAUUUUUCAUGAAGUCAGCCAGUUAAUAAGUAGUGGCAAUCCCACUGUGCAAACUCUGGCCUGUUCUAUUCUAACUGCAUUAUUAAGUGAAUUCUCAAGUUCAAGUAAAACUAGCAACAUUGGACUGAGUAUGGAAUUCCAUGGUAACUGCAAAAGAAUUUUUCAGGAAGAAGACCUUCGUCAGAUCUUCAUGUUAACUGUUGAAGUUCUACAGGAAUUCAGCAGGCGGGAAAACCUCAAUGCGCAGAUGUCCUCCGUAUUUCAGCGUUACCUUGCGCUCGCCAAUCAAGUCUUGAGCUGGAACUUUCUUCCUCCAAAUUUGGGCAGACAUUAUAUAGCUAUGUUUGAAUCCUCACAAAAUGUGCUGUUGAAGCCAACAGAGUCCUGGCGGGAGACUCUUCUGGACAGCAGAGUUAUGGAACUUUUCUUCACAGUACAUCGAAAAAUCAGAGAAGAUUCAGAUAUGGCACAAGAUUCUCUGCAGUGCCUUGCCCAGUUAGCUUCUCUUCAUGGACCCAUCUUCCCCGAUGAAGGAUCACAAGUUGAUUAUCUAGCACACUUCAUUGAGGGAUUACUGAAUACUAUCAAUGGAAUUGAAAUAGAAGAUUCUGAAGCUGUGGGGAUCUCCAGCAUUAUCAGCAACCUGAUAACUGUGUUCCCUCGAAAUGUCUUAACUGCCAUUCCAAAUGAACUUUUCUCCUCCUUUGUUAACUGCCUCACACACCUCACUUGUUCUUUUGGGCGAAGUGCUGCAUUGGAAGAAGUGCUUGAUAAAGAUGACAUGGUGUACAUGGAAGCAUAUGAUAAAUUGCUGGAGUCCUGGCUGACUUUGGUCCAAGAUGACAAACAUUUCCAUAAAGGCUUUUUUACCCAGCAUGCAGUUCAAGUUUUCAAUUCUUAUAUUCAGUGCCACUUAGCUGCUCCAGAUGGCACAAGGAAUUUGACUGCCAAUGGCGUGGCCUCUCGUGAGGAAGAAGAAAUAAGUGAGCUUCAAGAGGACGAUCGAGACCAGUUUUCUGAUCAACUGGCCAGUGUAGGAAUGCUAGGAAGGAUUGCUGCAGAACACUGUAUACCUCUGCUGACAAGUUUAUUGGAAGAAAGAGUAACAAGGCUCCAUGGUCAGUUACAGCGACAUCAGCAACAAUUACUUGCUUCACCUGGUUCAAGCACGAUUGACAACAAAAUUCUUGAUGAUCUCUAUGAAGAUAUUCACUGGCUUAUUUUAGUUACAGGCUACCUCUUAGCUGAUGAUACUCAGGGAGAGACUCCGCUAAUACCUCCAGAAAUAAUGGAAUAUUCCAUUAAGCAUUCAUCUGAAGUUGACAUUAAUACAACACUUCAAAUUUUGGGAUCUCCAGGAGAAAAGGCUUCUUCCAUCCCAGGGUACAACAGAACAGAUUCUGUGAUUAGGCUAUUAUCUGCUGUUCUAAGAGUUUCAGAAGUUGAAUCUCGAGCAAUAAGAGCAGAUCUCACUCAUCUACUAAGCCCCCAAAUGGGCAAAGAUAUUGUUUGGUUUCUAAAACGCUGGGCAAAGACUUAUCUUCUGGUGGAUGAAAAGCUAUACGAUCAGAUAAGUUUGCCAUUCAGUACCGCAUUUGGAGCAGAUACCGAGGGUUCUCAGUGGAUCAUUGGCUACCUCUUACAAAAAGUCAUCAGUAACCUCUCAGUGUGGAGUAGUGAGCAGGACCUUGCAAAUGAUACUGUACAGCUCCUUGUCACUUUGGUGGAACGAAGAGAAAGGGCAAACUUAGUAAUUCAGUGUGAAAACUGGUGGAACCUAGCAAAGCAGUUUGCAAGUCGAAGCCCCCCUCUAAAUUUCUUGUCGAGUCCCGUGCAGAGGACCCUGAUGAAGGCUCUUGUCUUAGGAGGUUUUGCACAUAUGGACACAGAAACCAAACAGCAGUAUUGGACAGAGGUUCUUCAGCCUCUUCAACAGCGAUUUUUACGAGUGAUAAACCAAGAAAACUUUCAGCAGAUGUGCCAGCAAGAGGAAGUCAAGCAGGAGAUCACUGCCACGUUGGAGGCCCUGUGUGGCAUUGCCGAGGCUACCCAGAUUGACAACGUGGCAAUCCUUUUUAAUUUUUUAAUGGACUUCCUUACCAAUUGCAUUGGAUUGAUGGAAGUUUACAAAAAUACUCCCGAGACUGUUAAUCUCAUUAUAGAAGUUUUUGUUGAAGUUGCACAUAAACAGAUAUGCUAUCUUGGGGAGUCCAAAGCUAUGAACUUAUAUGAAGCCUGCCUUACAUUGUUGCAAGUUUAUUCUAAGAAUAAUUUAGGGCGGCAAAGAAUAGAUGUUACAGCAGAAGAGGAACAAUACCAAGACCUACUUCUCAUUAUGGAACUUCUUACUAACCUUCUGUCAAAAGAAUUCAUAGAUUUCAGUGAUACAGAUGAAGUGUUUAGAGGUCAUGAGCCAGGGCAAGCAGCAAAUAGAUCUGUAUCAGCAGCUGAUGUUGUGCUGUAUGGAGUAAACCUAAUUCUGCCCUUGAUGUCACAGGAUCUUUUGAAGUUUCCAACUCUUUGUAAUCAAUACUAUAAAUUAAUCACAUUUAUCUGUGAGAUUUUUCCUGAAAAAAUACCACAGCUUCCUGAGGAUCUGUUUAAAAGUCUGAUGUACUCCUUAGAACUAGGAAUGACAUCAAUGAGUUCGGAGGUUUGCCAGCUUUGCUUGGAGGCCUUGACACCCUUAGCUGAACAGUGUGCAAAAGCACAAGAAACAGACUCACCGCUUUUUCUAGCAACACGGCACUUUCUUAAGCUGGUUUUUGAUAUGCUGGUUUUGCAAAAGCACAACACAGAGAUGACCACUGCAGCUGGUGAAGCUUUCUACACGUUGGUGUGUUUGCACCAGGCUGAGUAUUCCGAGUUGGUGGAAACAUUACUGUCAAGUCAGCAAGACCCAGUCAUUUACCAGAGAUUAGCAGAUGCCUUCAACAAGCUCACUGCAAGCAGCACGCCUCCUACGCUGGAUCGGAAACAGAAGAUGGCCUUCCUAAAGAGUUUAGAAGAGUUUAUGGCAAAUGUUGGUGGUCUCCUUUGUGUAAAAUAAACAACAAAACUUUAUGCUCAAUUUAGAUCCUUUCUGCAAAGUGCACUGAAUUGCUGAAAGUUGACUUGAGUCUUGUCCUGUUCCUCAGUUCAUUUGGCCGUUCUGGAUUUUGGAGAGCCUGCAGCUUUCUUAUGUAAUGCAGUGAUACAGGAGAGGUCAGCUUUGCAUCAGCUUCUGCUGUUAGGUGUUAGCCACAAUCUGUCAUAUGUAUGUCUUCUGGAUUUUGAAUGGUGAUUGAAAAUUUCUGAAUGCAAUUCCAUAUAUGUGCAAACAGAUAUGGGCACCAUGAAAUACAUAUUCAGUGCCUUUUUCCCUUUUAUCAAAACAUAGGUGGCCAGCCAAAGUUUAGAACUUGCGCUUUUAAAUAUCAGGUGGAUAUAUACGCUGGGCAUCACUCCAUACUGUUGUCCACAGACCACCUGCUCACUUGAGGAGCUGAUUGGAAAGGCAGGUUCUUGGGCUCAACUCUGGACUCUCAGAGUCAGAAUUUCUGGUUGUUGGACCCUAGAGUCUUCAUUUUAAUAAGCUCCUCCCCUUCAUCAUCCCAAAAGCUUUGAAUCAAUGCAAGAGACAUUGAAAAAUCCUUCAGAGACUUUGUUUUGUCCAUCUUUUCUUCCCUUUGAUGAUUAGGUUUGUAAUUCAGCAGAAAGAAAAAACAUCACCAGGUUGUUUUUUAGCUUCUUUUUAGUACUCUCUCCCUCUCUUUUUUUAUGUUAACCCAGUGUUGCAGGUUUUAUGUAAUACAGGUCUAUAAUCAUACUCUGAGGCCUGGACUUGAGGAAGAAAAUACGUGUAUAUUUUUGUUCCAUAAAAAGAACUUUAGGAACUGUAGCCAUUUCAUUGCCUUAAUUUUAAAAAGAAAAUACAAAAGAGCAGAUUUGUUUUUGGUAAGAAAUCAAGUUCUGAUGCUUCAGAGUUGAUUUAGGAUGUUAGCUGCUACGAACCUGUUGCCCCUCUUGAGCGUGUGUUUUUGUGGGUUUGUGAGUGAAAUGAAAUGCUCAUUCCUGUGUAGUCUUAACUUUUUGAGUGUGUUUCUAUCCAGCCACACAGCCCAUAUCUACUCUGAAUGGCUUGCUUAAGCAAUAACUACUUUAAAGGAUGUGAAUUACUGAUUCACAUGGACUAUUGCACGUUGGGGCAUUAGGGGCAAUAAUGACGCUAGAGUGGGUGUUCCCUCAAGUCAUAGGAGCGAUGUGAAUUUAAUUUCAGAGAUGGAAAAAAAAUCUAGAUCCUCUAGUUUAUUCUUUUUAAUCAGGAUUCUUCUACUGCUGCCAUGCUUCCCUUAAUUCUGUGUGCUAGCUUAAAUUAUGGAAAUGAAAACUAAGGCAUAUGAAACUCCACCCACUGUAGUCCCAAGUUGCUCACCGUUGUGACGGGCAGAGGUCUCGGCGCAGUUGCAUCCCUCACUGCUGUGGAGGGGCCGGCGUUCUCCUCCCACGUGUUGCCCAGUCCUGGCUGCAAAACAUCCUGCAUAUCCAGUUUUGUACUGAUUCACAUAUAGCAUAUACAUCUUCACAUGCGAUGCAGUCAGAAUGUUCUGGAACUCUGUGCUGCUAACAGUUAUAGCAAUCAGAACUGGAGCACCGAUCACUUCCCAACUGUGCAUGUGUCCUUAGAUAGAAGAGUGCUAGGCCCAAGGGCUGUUGACUCUUUGAGGAACAUUUCUCUUCUCAGUAUCCCCAUUGAGUAACACUUAAGGUGGAGCAAAAUAUCUUAAAAGACUGCUAGGAGGAAUGCUAACAGCAUUCUUCAUGAAAAAUACAGCUUUUUUUGUUGUUGUUUUAAAAAGUACUUUGAAUGAUGCAUUAUUUUUAGGUCUAUUUUUCCUUAAAUAACUUGAAGUGAUAUGCAGUAGUAAUCACUUUGUUUUGCAUUGUUUUUAGUGUUUUGUUUCCUAGCUCCCUCAGCCUUGUUCAAUAUGUGUAGGGUGUGUGUGUGUGUGUGUGUGUGUGUGUGUGUGAAAACUAUAGUCCCUUUGCCAAAGGGCACUGAAAUUCACAACAGAGUGGAUAGGUCCACUGGCUAUGACAAAACUAUAAUCAAGUUAUUAUUAAAAAUAAAGAGGAGUAGGAAAGGAAUGUCUUGGUAAGUGAAAGGCAUCUUUGUAAGUAAAAGACAACUUUGAUCUAUGUGGAAAAAUAUACUUACUAAAUUUGCCUAGAUCCUAUUACAAUUUUGCAAUACAUGGCAUUUGAAUUAAAACAAAAUUUACUUCCGGUUGGACCAAAUAAUAUUUAAGAGAUCACCCCCAUGUUGAUCAGUGGCAACUAGGGUGUGGGGGAGGGGAGCCACCACCAUUUUGUAGGUAAUGGCGAUGCCACUCAGUUGUAGUGGCUAACCUGUUUUCAGGGUGUUGGUGUAUAUGUUUGCCUGCUUGGAUAUUUGUGUGGAUCUUUUACUUGGUCAAGUUUGUCUUUAGCUAUGUGCACUAUUUUGUUUUUCUUAAUGCUCUUGGCCCAGUGGGUAUCAAAAACACUGGCUUAAUUCUAGAAAAUUGAUUUUCACUGUUAAAACUGUUGUCAAAAGAUUGUUCAAGACAAACAUUCUUGCCCUUUUUUAUAUAUGUUAAAGGGACAUGAUCAAUAUUUGAUUUUUAGGUUUUUGUGUCUUAUACAAUUUCUGUUGUUCAUAUAGUAUCCUGUAUUCUCUAGUUUUCCAUACAUCCUUUAUUCAAUUUAUUUCUCAUUUUAUUUUCAUUGACCUGUUGGCUUCCCAAGUAAUAAUCUAAGAAUCCCAGGGUACCAUCUCUAAGAACUUUGUUCUUUUCACAAUUUGCAUUGAUGUAACAGCCCCUGUAAACAUGUUCUGGGAACUCUGCUAAAAGAGUUAAUUUGCUUUUGUGGUCCUUGUGCUGGGUCAGCGGCUGCCUGGGUCGCUAAACCACUUGAUGGUAUUUGAUAAUUGCCUUUCCAACACAGUAACUGGGAGAGAGUGGCAUGGUAACAUCACUGAAUUGAGGUUUUUGUCUGGUAUAAGUGUGACAUUUUAUGUAAACAAACUUUACAGGAUUUAAAAAAAAAAAAAAACAAAUUUUAAGAAUUCAAUCAUUACAUUGUAAACUGUAUCUAAGUUUAUUACACUACUCUGUUCAGAUGAGAUGGUUAUUUUUUUAUACAGUUUUCUUUUAAAAAACAAGCAUUUCCCCAGUCAGCAUUAUUUAACACUCCUCUUACUGUCUCUUUCAUUGAACUUUCUCUUUGAUCAAAAAUGUCGAGUCUUUCUAGUCCUAAUACUAUCAUGUUUCCCAUUUCUGUUAAUACUUCUAUGAACCCCUCAAGUAUUGAAGGGAGCUAGCUGUCCAUUUCAAAGAGUUUAAGUUUGAGUUGCUAAGUGUACUGUCUCGGUUGAACCCUGAAAAUGCUAUUUUUCUCUGUUACAUUUUUACUUGUAUUCUGUUUGUCACCUCUGUUGUUAGAGGUGGUUAUGAUUAGACCUUACUAAGUUAGCUGUCACUGACGGUCCCAUUGGUUCCUGAGUAAAAUAUUAACCUUUCAAGUUAGAAGGAACCACAAUACUUCUUAGGGUGGUGGUGUUUUUUUUUAACCAGAUUAAGGACUGAUUUGGAUAUGAGGUUUUAACUUUAUCAUUUUUCCUGUAAAUUUUUCUGCAAAAUAAUAUAGCUGAUUUGAGGCUAUAAUUAUGUUUUAAAUUUUUUAUAUCAUCUGCCUUGGUAUCCAUGUUCUGAAAACAUUGCAUUUAAGAAUUCUUUUAAAUUGAUUUUCUAAAAUUUAAAAAUGUGGAAAUUAAGCAUAUAGCUGAGCUCAAAUUGCUAUGAAGUGCCAUGGUUCAAGUUGAACUUUAAACAUAUUUUAGUUGAAAAUAAAAAGGAACAUUGAAAUUUGCCUGAUUGAUUAUAAUAGGAACCCUUGACAUAUUUAGCCAAAGAAUAUAUUUGGUUCAGGUAAAAAUAUAAGCUUAUAAUGGCCAUCUGUUCUGUUUUAAAGAGAAUGAAUUAAGAAAUUUGUUGCUGGCCUCUAGUCUCUAUGCAGAAGUCUUUGUAAAGACUGGGACAUUCUACCCAGCUUUGGUGGUGAUUCCCUAGAACAACCUGAGAGGUGUGGCUUGCGCAUUACACCCACGAGGCUCACAGCUCAAGCCAUCUGUCCCCUCCUCGCCCACUGUGGCUCACUGUCCACCUAUCCCAGGCCUCCUCAGCAGUGGGGAGGUUUUGUUUUCUCCUUUUCCAUCUGCAUUUUAGGCCUGUUGGCUGUUAGGAGCUGUCAGGCAUGUACCAACAACUAAUUUUCCUGGCCUGAGACUGAAUAUUGCAUCUGCACUAUGUACCUCCUGGGGAUCUGACCUCCAGUGUGCUUUGAGCCUAGGCCUCCUGGUGUGGUGUCUUUGACCACCUGAAAUUAUGACACAUUGCAAAUAUUGGUAUUGUGAUUUGAUUCUCUGUAAAAAGAAAGAUGCUCUAUGCAGUGAGUUUGUGGUUUAAUGGUCACAAAAUGUUAUAGCACUGCUAUCAUUCAGCACGUGUAAAAUUUUUAAAUUUAUAAUUAUUAAAAUUUGAAACUUACACUAAGAUUUUCCAGUUUUUUUAAGAGACCCAGGGAUGAGUGUACUGUUUAACUAUUUACCUCUAAUAUAACUAAUGAAGGUAUAAAGUUGCAUUUAACUUUUCAAAAAGAUGCUUCAGUACAAUUUUAGGGAACAUGCCAAGGCUAUGUAUUGAGCCAGUUACAAGCUGAAUAUCAAAUUGAUAAGAUUUUAUUUGUAUUUUUAAGUCCAUAAAUGGCAGUUAAAAUGUGACUUUUCACUAAAUAUUUUUAUUAUAUU